AUGGCUGACGGCGGCGGCGUCGGCGGCGGCGCUGCUGCCCGGGGCGCUGGCGGAGCACCUCCAUCGUCGUCGCUGCCCGGACUAUCAGCGGAGCGGGGGGCAACAUCGUCGGCGCCACAACCAGCCACAGCUCCUAGCGGCGGAGGCCUAGGUGGUGGUCCCGAAGAUCCCGCGGCGUCGCCUCCUUUGACUGGGGGGGAGUUUCUUCUGCAUCUCCUCCAGGGGCGCACCCAAUCCCGGGCCGAACCUCAUCAUCCGUCGUCGUCGUCGUCGGCAUUACCAGGUAGCCGGGACGGAGGAACCCCCCGUGACCCAGCAGUCGCCGUGUUCGCGCCUGGUGUUCCCUUCCCUCAGCCACGACCCCCGACCGGCGGCUUUCUCGAUUUCCCUGCGGCUCCUGCAAAUUCUCAUCCACACGCUCCCCGACCGUGGCCGGGUCAUCCAGGUUUACAUCAGGCGCCCUGGGCGGCAAACCCCUCGGAAUCUAGGCCGCCGCCGCCGCAGCCGCCUGGUUUUCAUCAUCAUGAACGACACAACUCCCACCGCCAUCAUUCUUCUUCGCAGGGCACGAUCUCUGGGUUCCCCCAGCAAUUAGGGUUUCUGGGCGGCCGGCCCGAUCAGAGGGAUCUCUACAAGAAUCCUGGGCAUGUCCAGAAUCCGCAGCACCACAGUCCACAUCAGCAGUAUCAGCAGCAGCCUCGACGAGAUGCGCUUCCCACAGAGGGCUCGCAACUUGUCUUCGGAUCUUUUGGGAGUCCCGGCGUUGGUGAUCACCCUGGUCGUGAUCCCCUUCUCCCCGGCAACAGUACCUCUUCUCCCUGGGGUUUGGAAGCUCAGCAUCGUGCGUUGAACACCCGCUCCACUGCUCAUGCCCUCUCAGCCCGUUCUGAUCAUGAAGCGGACAAAGUAAUGCAUAGCAGGCACUCCAUCUCCAGCAGCCCUCCCGGGUCUAAUCUGAUUCACCCGUCAAAAGCACAUCCCUACCAGUGGAGGGAAACUGGAGGCCGCCUGGUUCGAGCGUCACAGGCUUUUGCUCAUCAGAAUUCUGGUAACCUUGAGUCUGGAAGGCCGUUGUAUCCCCACAGGGAAGCAAAUGAUGAGAGAAACAGAGCGCCGCUGAGUAAUGGUGAAAAUUUGAGCCGCAAUCUGGAGGAGCAAGUAGAGAUUCAGAGAGCAGAGGCUCGUGGGCUUUCAUAUCACGUGGAAGAUUUGCUGUCUAGACACUUGCAGCACGGCCCCAUGCUAGAUCACCGUGGUCCACCAUUGGACACCCAUACUCGAUAUAUUUUUUCCUCAAAUGCCAAUCAACAUAAAGAAGACGUGCCCUUCAAUGUUGUCUCCACGGCCCAUAGGAGAGAACAGCAGAUUGGUGAUGGAGGAGCAGGGGGUCUUUCGUUCUCAAAGGACUCUAGCAACGAGAGGGAUCUGACAUGUGUAGAGCUCGUAGAAUCUUUGGUGCUUUCUAAUGAAAGCUCUGAGACAAAAUUGGCCGUGCAUGCUUCUCGUGUUAAGGUAAAACCCAAGGAUUCUUUUAUUAUUUUUCAUGAAUUGUUGAAUUUGUUGUCGCUAUUAGGUUUCUAUUGUGCCUUUGAGACAGCUCAUUUCAAAUAGUUUUGAAAUUGUAGAGGCCCCAUACUUCUUUUAUUUACGUUCUUCUUGCAUGCUUGCAUACUUGUUUUCCUACAUUAUUUAGUUCACGGAACUAAACCCAAUCCUCCUAAGUUCAUCAAGUUUCAUAUCUGAUGAAGGAAAUACAUGUGAUUCGAUCUAGCUAAUAACUAGUCUUGUUCACCUGUUAGAAGCACGGGUUUGUUUUUUCUUUGGUUCAAAUUACAAUGCCUCGUGUUCAAGUUUUACCAACAUUAAACACCUAAGUUGCAUAGAACAUCCCUGACAUGUUCUACCUUUCUACUUCGGUUAAAUGCUCAGGAGCACAGGUCCGAUUUAUCAAGAGGACAUCAUGUAUCAAGCCAGAGAAUGAGGAGUCGCCGAAGAGAGUUGCGAACCCGUCAUGAUAUAACAAGUUUUGCACCUCAGUUUAUCUCAAUUUAUGAGUCUCUUACACCAUCAGAAGAGGAGAAGGAGAAGCAGAAACAGUUGUUACAGUCUUUAGAGAAAUUAAUUAUCAAAGAAUGGCCAAACGCUCAACUGCAUCUCUAUGGAUCUUGUGCAAAUUCUUUCGGUGCCUCAAGCUGUGAUAUCGAUGUUUGCCUCGCAAUAAGUGAUGGGGAAAUUGACAAGUCUAAGAUUCUGCUGAGGUUAGCAGAAAUUUUGCAAUCAGAUAAUCUUCAAGAUGUGCAGGUGAAUACUGGAGAUUCUUUUCUAAAUUUCAUUGCAUGUGCUGCUAGUUAUUGUCUAUGCGUAUGUAUCUAAUAUUCCCCUGCCUUGUAUUGUUUCUUUAAAGAUAGGAAUCUAUAGAUUUCAUGCGUGUGGCAGUAUUGCUGACUUUAAAAUCAUUGUUUAAAAACUAAUGCUCUUUCUAGGUAGGAGUAAACUUUUGUCCUUUCACUGAUUCAUCAGUUUUGAAGUUGAUAUCAUCUUAAAGAUCAUUAUUUUCUGGAUAUGAAAAGAACUCUAAAAUGGGCACCUCUUUUCGGGAGAGAUUAAGACAGUCGCACGGUAAGGUUGGACCUUACACCCCAUAAACACAAGUUUGUCUCCUGUUGGUGCUGUGAAACAGGUUGAUAUUUAAAGAAUCGUUCUAAACCUGUGGUAUGAAGAUCACUGAAUCCAAAAUUUCUUGGAGCAUAUUUCAUGAAUAGCUGUUAAGGCAUUUUGGAAAGGAUUGUGUUUGAUAAAUUGUGGUUGAGACAUAUAUAUUCGAUGAAUCAUAGUUUUUGAAAUGUAUAUAGUUGAUGCAGUCGUGAUACACUUUAAUGUGGAGACCUGUAAAAGAUAUCAGUUAUAGCAUAUUUAUUGCUUAUGCCUUGUGAGAUGUACACUGUUCUUAUGUUUUAAGCUAGAACUCUUUAUAUUUAUAGUUUUCGCAUAAAUUCAUGUUAAAAGUAUUCUGGGGGGUUAUUGGUGAAGUUCUGCAAGAACUGUGGAACUAGGAUGUACGUUUCUUGACAGCAGUCCCAGUUUGAAUCCACUUUGUACUAGGAAAAUAAAUCUGAUCCUGAACUUUUCUUGAUUUGUGAAUGUAAAUAUAGGAAAAGUUGUGAGAAAUGAGGUGAAAUGGAUGCUGGAAAAAAAUAAUGAAGAGUGAAAUGAUGAAAGAACAUAUCGUGGAAAAGAACCUACCAGCAUUGGUGUAGGUUAAUGGCAUCAGGAAACUGAGACAAUGGAAACAAUAGCUCUAAUUUGCAGUCAUGGGGGCUGGUACCUUCGAUGUCCGUUCCUCUGUGAAAAACAUAGCAAUCAUAACACCUUGCAGAAAACGGUGGGAAACUGCCGCAUAAGCAGACAGUUCCCUUUUGAUAUCUUCAUGCCCGUUUGAUUGCUUUCUGUGUCCAAGGUUUUGGAAUUUUUCCUGUUUCCCCUGAUGUAUCAUGGAUCAGUGAAGAGUGAAACCACUCGAGUGCCAUUCAAGUUGUUUACCUUAUUACAAAGUUGCCAUGAUCAAAGAAAAGCUUCUCUUUGACAUCCUUUUUUCCCCCCACAAUGAAUCAAAUUUAUAAUUUUUUUUCUUAAACAAUUAUAGUUAUCUCCAAUGAUGUGCUAGUUUGGUUGAACACUUCUUUUUUGCAAUGGGAAAUUACUCGAAACCUCAGAUGCAUAUUCCUCAGUGGCAAAAGUAGCUCCUCUUGCCAGAGCAAUAUUAUGCUUUCUGAUCGGAGGAUGGCCAUUGAGAGAUUUAUGGGUUGAUGAUUCUAUUGGCCAGCCGCAUAAAACCUCCUUGAUGGAGCGCUUUACAACGAUUAUGUUCAGAGGAGGUGCCUCAGCGCUGACUUUGUUGACAUCUCAUGGCACUUUAGCUCUCGGAAUUUGUCUGAUGCUCGCAGGCACUGACUCGUGCGAGGGUCCCGAUAGUGAAGCUGAAGGAUCCUGCGACUGGAAUCUCCUGCGACAUUUGCAUAAACAACAUACUGGCCGUUGUUAACACCAAGCUUCUCAGGAACUAUUCUCAAAUAGACCACCGGUUACGCCAGCUCGUCAUCAUCGUCAAGCACUGGGCAAAGUCUCGUGGAGUCAACGACACGUACCAGGGGACCCUCUCUAGCUACGCGUAAGACAAUGCCCGCCAAAUCUCUCACGACAGUCGUCAGGCAGGCGGCAGGUGUAUUUUGACUUCAAUUUUUGUUCUAUUUUUUUUUCAACCCUCCCGCCCCCGCAGGUAUGUGCUGAUGUGCAUCCACUUUCUGCAACUGCGUAGACCUGCCAUUCUUCCCUGCUUGCAGGUUUGUGGGUUUUCCCUGUUGUUUUAAUAUCAUGAUAGGUUGAGAAUGAAUGCAGGUCUUAGUGAACCAAUUACCCUUCUUUUUUAGUUUCUCAAAUGUUUUUGAAAGGUAGACUUUGGAAAUAUCUGGUCAAAACCAGUGGCUUUACGCAUUUGGUCGAAAAAACCCAGUCCAGAUCUUCAAAGACUCUCAAAUUUUCUUCUGCUGAAGUAUUCAAUUGUUUCGCGUCCUGUUAAAAAUCUGACUCAUUUGGUCAGAGCCCCCUCCAGAUCGUCAAAAUCCUUUGUACUUGUCCUGAUGAGACAUUGAAUUCCCCACGGCCACGCCCUGUUGACUUCAUCUUGCUCCUCCUGCUCCUCCUGCUCCUCGCCAGGAGAUGCAACCGACGUACAUGGUGACGGUGGAUGGCAUCGAAUGUGCCUUCUUUGACCAAGUUCAGAAACUUGAGCACUUCGGGUCCGUGAACAGGGAGAGCAUCGCAGAGUUGCUCUGGGCAUUUUUCAGCUACUGGGCAUACCAUCAUGACUACGCCAACAACGUCAUAUCCGUGCGGACGGGGGGCAUCAUCAGGUCAGACGUGGAUCUUGGUCGUUCUUCUACCUUCCUUGAAUGCUUAAUUUCUUUCACUUAUUUAUUCCAUCUCUCUCUCUCUCUCUCUUCCUGCAGCAAGCAAUCCAAGGACUGGACGAGGCGGAUAGGGAACGACCGGCACUUGAUCUGUAUAGAGGACCCUUUUGAACUCUCCCACGAUCUCGGGCGUGUGGUCGACAAGUUCACCAUUAAAAUCCUGAGGGAGGAGUUCGAGCGGGCUGCUGAGAUCAUGCAGUACGAUCCCAACCCUUCGGUUCGGCUAUUCGAGCCGUAUGUCCGGCCGUCCCCCGAGCAUAGCUGA